ACCAUGCCUUUGUUCUUCCCUUCUCCAGCUGCCCCUUCCUCGCCAGUCACCUCACCUUGGCCAUCCCCAUCAUUGCAGCCAUCCUCUUCUUCUUCGUCAUCAGCUGCCUGCUCCAGACCAGCUUCAGGGACCCUGGAAUCCUGCCCAGAGCCACUCCAAGUGAGGCUGCAGACCUGGAGAAGCGGAUUGACAGCAUGGGCACCUCUACCUACCGCCCGCCGGCCCGCACGAUGGAGGUGGUCAUCAACAAGUACGUGGUGAAGCUCAAGUACUGCUACACCUGCAAGAUGUUCAGGCCCCCACGCACCUCCCACUGCAGCGUCUGCGACAACUGCGUCGAGAGGUUUGACCACCACUGCCCCUGGGUGGGCAACUGCGUGGGGAAGCGCAACUACCGCUACUUCUACGCCUUCAUCCUCUCCCUCUCCUUCCUCACAGCCUUCAUCUUCGCCUGCGUCGUCACCCACCUCACCCUGCGCUCUCAGAGAGAUGGAUUCCUUGCCACUCUGAAGACAACACCUGCAAGUGUGCUGGAGCUGGUGAUUUGUUUCUUCUCAGUCUGGUCUAUUUUGGGCCUCUCAGGUUUUCACACUUACUUGGUAGCCUCCAACCUGACGACGAACGAAGAUAUCAAAGGGUCCUGGUCAAAUAAGAGAGGCUCCGAGUUUGCCAAUCCCUACAGCCAUAAAAGUAUCCUCACAAACUGCUGUGCGGUGCUGUGUGGACCAUUCCAUCCCAGCCUGAUAGACAGAAGAGGCUUUAUCCAGCCAGAGGUCGGGACCCCGUCCAGCCCUAAGAGUGAGAUCCCCUCCUUUGGAGCCAAACCUGACACCAGCAUGGUAGGAGGCAUCCCCUAG